GGCCGUCAGGACAGCACCAGCAGUAGCAGCAGCAAGCGCUCAUUACCACCGCGUGUGACAAUAUCCGUGCGAUGGCGGCUCGUGUGGGUGUGCUGCGGCAAUAUAUGGCCACCGUUUUAGUGAACCUGCUCGGUGUUAGCUACGGUAUGAUCAGUGGAUGGUCUUCGUCCGCACUGCCCACACUCCAGACACCCGCCGGAAGUCCACUGGCGUAUGGCGUCAUAACACAACACCAAGCUUCCUGGAUCGGUGGAGCACUCUGUCUCGGAGGCAUCGCCGGUACGCUCGUCGGCGGCACGAUAGUGGACCGAAUGGGACGAAAAUGGGCAGCAUGGGUAGCCGGACUGCCGUUGGUGGUGUGCUGGGUGCUGGUCAUCGUCGCAGACCAUCCCGGCUAUCUGAUGGGAGCACGAUUUCUUGGUGGACUUGCCGGGGGUAUCGAGUUUGUCGUAACACCGCUCUACGUAUCGGAGAUCGCAUGCACAAGACACCGUGGCACACUAUCGUCUCUGCUAAUCCUAUCCUGCUGUCUCGGUGUGGAGCUAGCUUAUCUGGCCGGUGCACUGCAACAUUACCACACCAUUCCCUGGAUAUCUAUCACCGUUCCGGUGUUUUUUCUCGCCAGCUUCUGUUUCCUACCCGAAACACCCUCACAUCUGGCCAAGGUGCGGAAGCUCGAGGCUGCCGAACAAUCGCUACGCUUCUUCUACGGCAUCCGGUCGGAGAAGGACACGGUGGGCGUGGACGAGUACACCCGUGAACUUCAACUACUGCAGCGGAUCGGCCAGGCGGGUUCACAAGCUUCCAAUGGAAAGGAGCCAACCGUCACCAUCGUGCUGUCGUGGAGCGAUUUCACGAGCAAACACGCUCGGCACGGUAUGCUGAUCUGCGUGACACUGAUGGCGUUAAAUCAGUUCUGCGGUUGCUUCUACAUGAUGAACUAUGCACAGUCGGUGUUUGCCGAGUCCGGGUCGGUGCUGAGUUUGUCGGCGAGCCUGUCUGUGAUUGUGGUUGGGUUGAUUCAGCUCGUUGGAUGCUACGUCUGCACACUGCUGGUGGACCGUAUCGGCCGUAAGAUUCUGCUGCUCAUCUCAUCCGUCGGUCUAACGCUUGGUCAGAGUGUCUUCGCUUCCUACUGCUACGGUCAAACGAAAGGACUCGAUCUAACGGCAUUCGGUUGGGUACCGUUGGUGUGCUUUUCCGUUAUCGUUUUCAUUGGCACGGUAGGCGUCGGUACGAUGCCAUUUGUUGUGCUGGCGGAAAUUAUGCCACAAAAGAUCAAAGGAUUUGCUACGACGUUUUGCAUGGUGACCAACUGGACGUUUGCCUUCGUAGCGUUAAAGUACUUCUCCACUUUGAGUGUGUUCUUGGGGAUGCAUGGUAUCCUGAUGUUUUUCGCCAUCUGCUCACUUAUUGGCUCACUGUUCGUGCUGCUUUGCAUGCCUGAAACUAAAGGAAAAAGCUUCCAAGAAAUUCAAUACAUGAUGGAAAAGUAGCUC